CAACAGCGAUUCUUUGCCUAUCGUCACAGCACCGAAGAAGAUCAGCAAAGGAGAAAGAAGAACGAAGAUAAAACAGAAGAAGAAGAUGCAGAUUGCAGACCCUAUUUCGUUCGAUCAAGAGGUAAUGCUGCAAUGGAAUUCUUGAGGUUCAUCAUAUUUUCACUUUAUCCAAUGUCGGAGCAUCUAAGUAAAUUUAUAUGAUGUGAGGUGGACCAUAUUUGUGCCGAGUCUAGCAGUGAGUGUAAGGUGGAUCCUCAAUGGAUCUGGAUUUUCCAGCCCCCGUAAUGGAGUCCAGUGUCACUGUCAGGAAUACAAAUUUAGAGCCUCGAGAUGAUAUGGAAUUUGAUUCAAACGAGGCUGCUUAUGAAUUUUAUAAAGAAUAUGCGAAGUCUGUGGGGUUCGGUACAGCCAAGUUGAGCAGUCGUCGUUCCAGGGCGUCAAAGGAAUUCAUUGAUGCAAAAUUUUCAUGCAUACGAUAUGGAAACAAGCAGCAGUCUGAUGAUGCUAUUAACCCACGACCUUCGCCAAAGAUAGGUUGUAAAGCAAGCAUGCAUGUGAAGAGAAGGCCGAAUGGAAAGUGGUUUGUGCAUAGUUUUAUAAAGGAGCAUAACCAUGAUCUUUUACCAGCCCAAGCACAUUUUUUCCGAAGCCACAGAAAUACAGAUCCACUUAAGAAUGAUGCUAGAAUGCGGAGGAGGAAGAUCUUAGCUGCGGUGUCCAAACAAUAUGGUGCAUAUCAAUACAGUGGUUCUUUGGAGAAUUACAUUCGAAAUCAGCAUGAUAGGGGCCGGAAUUUGACUUUAGAAGCAGGAGAUGCUCAAGUGUUGCUUGAACUUUUUGUGCAUAUGCAGGAAGAAAGUCCAAAAUUUUUCUACUCCAUAGACUUGAAUGAAGAGCAUCGACUGAGGAAUGCGUUUUGGGUUGAUGCCAAAGGCAUGGAUGAUUAUACUCACUUUUGGGAUGUAGUUUCUUUUGACACCACGUAUUUCAUGAACAAAUAUAAGAUACCGUUAGUUUUCUUUAUUGGAGUAAACCAUCAUGUUCAACCCACGUUGCUUGGUUGUGCUUUGAUUGCAGAUGAGACGGUAUAUACGUUUGUUUGGUUAAUGCAAACAUGGAGUUUAUCGAUGGGUGGACGAGCUCCACGAGUGAUACUUACUGACCAAAACAAUGCCAUCAAAGCAGCUAUUGCAACAGUUUUUCCGGACACACGGCAUUGUUUUUGUCUGUGGCAUGUAUUGGAAAAGAUACCUAGGCAGCUGGAUUAUUUGGGCUUGUGGCUUGAUUCUUUUAUGGAAAAAUUUGAUAAAUGUGUUUACAAGUCAUGGAAUGAGGAACAAUUUGAAAAGAGGUGGUGGAAAUUGAUUGACAGAUUCAAUCUCAGAGAGGAUGGAUGGAUACAAUCAUUGUAUGAAGAUCGCAAAAUUUGGGUGCCUGCUUUUAUGAGAGAGAUAUCCUUUGCUGGUUUAUCUACGGCUUCUCGAUCUGAAAGUUUGAACUCAUUUUUUGACACAUAUGUCAAUGGAGAAACAUCGUUGAGAGACUUUAUCGAACAAUACAAAGUAGUCCUUGAAGAUAGGUAUGAAGAGCAAGCCAAAGCAGAUUUUGAUGCAUGGCAUGAAACACCGGAAUUGAAGUCUCCUUCACCUUUUGAAAAACAAGUGUCAUUAGUGUACAGUCAUGAAAUUUUCAAGAAGUUUCAAGUUGAGGUUUUGGGAGCAGCUGCAUGUCAUCUUAAGAAAGAAAAAGAAGAAGCAAGUACUAUAACAUAUUCUGUUAAAGACUUUGAAGGCAAUCAAGAUUUUAUAGUUGAAUGGAAUGAAUUGAAGUUGGAUAUAUAUUGUUCAUGCCGUUUAUUUGAAUUUAAAGGAUAUCUUUGUAGACAUGCUAUUUUGAUUCUCCAAAUGUCUGGUGUUUUCUGUAUACCGUUUAAAUACAUACUGCAAAGAUGGACAAAUGCUGCUACAAGCAAGCAUUCCAUUAGUGAAAGAUUGGAUGAAGUACAAUCUAAGGUUCGUCGCUACAAUGAUUUAUGUCGACGAGCAAUAAUAUUGGGUGAAGAGGGGUCUCUUUCUCAAGAGAGUUACAAUGUUGCAUUGGAUGCCAUUAAAGAAGCUUUGAAGCAAUGUGCCAAUGUGCAUAACUUGACUGCGGGUGAGAGACCUGAUACGCCAGUAACUCUUGCAAUUUGUGGUACCAAGGAAGAGAAUCAUGGUGGCGCUUCAUCAUUUAAAGAGCAGGUGCCUAGUUUUGCAGUGAACAAGACGAGCAAGGCUUCUAGGAGGGCAGGGUCUGGUAAAGAAAAAGCAGCUAAUGAUAAUAAUGCAAACAAAAAAGGGAAGCUUAUGGCAGAGGCAGAAGUUUCAAGUUUUGGGGCACAAGGCAGCUUUCAUCAAAUGGAACUGCCUAACAUGAGGCCAACACAGUUACAUGAUGAGGUGCCAGCACAAUUACACGAUGUAGUACCAGCAUUAUUUCAUAAUGUGGGAUCAACACAGUUUCAUAAUGUGCCACCGCCGCAUUUGCAGAGUGCGCGGCUUCCUCAUUAGCCCGAAGUCCUGAAUGUACAGGUUUGUAGAGAUUGAUUGUUGUAGUGAUACCAAGUUUUGCACAUGUCCAAAAUUGAAAAGAUCCAUGUAAGAUGGUUGCUAGUAAACAUGUUCUAUGCUUCUUUACUCAAUCAACUGGCUUCAGUUUCAUUUUUUGUGAAGGCUUUCACUCUUUGUAUGGGAGUUUCAUUUAUGAGUAGGAUUGAUCUUGUUGGCCUGGGACAUCCUACCUUAUUUUGCAAACAGACCCUUACAAAAAUUGUUGAAAGCAAGUGAUAUCACCAGAAGGUUAGACUUGUUUGGUGAUGUAUUGGAGGAACAAGAGUAAUGGAGCUGAAGGUUGUGGAUUUAAACAUGGAAUUUAAGAGCUCUCCCCAAGGUGAAAAAAGGAAGCGUUG